AUGACUGCUGAGAGUGCCGAAACCAACGGACCCAUGCGGGAGCUGGAGGCGGGGGGGACCAAGCCACCGCCCCCCCCUGCCCCACCGCGGCGCCGGGGACGCCGGCUGCGGCGCAAGUCACCGCCAGAGGUCCCAGUGAAGGGGCAGCUCCGCAUGCGCUCGCCGUCGGGAGCCUUCGUCAUGGUGGGCAUCUCGGUCGUCCUGGUGGGCAUGACCAUCGCUGUAGUGGGCUACUGGCCCCACCGAGGAACUGGGAGCACUGGGGCCGGCGUAGGGAACGGCAGCGUUGCUGGGGACAUGAGGAGGGAGGUGGCCACCGGGCGCCACGUGCCCCACAGCGAGAAGCUCAAGUUGAUUGGCCCCGUCAUCAUGGGCAUCGGGCUCUUCAUCUUCAUCUGCGCCAACACCAUGCUGUACGAGAACAGGGACAUGGAGACCCGCAGGCUGAUGCAGAAGGGGCUCUACUCCAUGGCGGCGGGUCUCCCCGAGGGGACCGGCCCUGAGGACGGGCACUGCCAGCGCGGGGACGGCCAGCCCAUCCCCAAGGCCAACGCCGAGUGCGUGGAGGGCUGCUACCAGGUGGAUCUCUCCUGCCAGCCCUGCCCCGGCCCCGGCACCGGCGCCGAGCGCCUCGUCUCCUCGGCCAUUGGCGCCUUGGCGAUGCCUGUCAUCAAGCUCAACAACCGCUUGCUGGACGCAGUGGCGCGGGGGGCUGGUGAGAGGGUGGAGGGGGGUCCCACCGAGCUCCUCCCCAAAGCCCCACGGCUCUCCCAGGGCGGCAGCAUCGCGCCCCAUGGCCAGGACCAUGAUGGUGGUGGCCAUGUUGUCAUCAACAUGGACGGUGGCUGCCCUGGUGCAAAGCCAGUGUUGGCGGAGCUCAGCCCCGACGCGCAGCUCCACACCCCGGGACACUCCAAGUCCCUGGACCUUGGCCGGCCAGGGGUGCUGCUGGUGGCCCCCAUCAAGGACCGUAAGAACCGAAGCUGGCCCCGGCUGGACAACGUCAGCCUGGUGGGUUACGCCAAACUGGAAAGUACUGGCGAGUCCUCAGACCGGCUGCUGGAGCCCUCGAGCCGGGGCGAGCCCCGACCCAGCUCCUGGGCGGUGGGGAUGGAGAACGGUGAGCGGGUCUGA